UGCAGCCCUCCUACGCUCCUCCCAGAGACAGUGCGGAUAUGAAUCGUGUCUGUCACUAGUGGCCCUUCAAUCCAGCACUACAGUCACAUCCACUGGGUUUCAGCACCGAGGAGAGCGUCUCUCCAUCAGCAGUCAGUCAGUCAGCACCCUGGACAGCAGCCUCUCUCCCCACAGCUGUCAUUUGGACACCAGGGACUGGGCGUGAUAGAUCUGCGUUGAAAGCUUAAGCACCAACACAAAGCCCAUUAAAUCCCAGCCGAGGUGUGAAGCAGAAAAGACACAGACGGUGAAGGACACACAAUCCCUUCCCUCCUCCACCAGAUUCGAAACAGAACGCAGAUAAACUGGGAGAGGGGCUCCCCUCUGACAGGCAGUCCUGCAGAAAACAUGGCAACCGAGAUGCAUAAUCUCCAGGAGCUGAGGAGAAGUGCUUCUCUGGCCAGUAAGGUGUUUAUACAAAGGGAUUAUAGCGAUGGAACCAUGUGCCAAUUUCAGAUGAAGUUCCCACCAGAACUAGAUAGUCGGAUUGAGAAGCAGCUAUUUGAGGAGACGGUGAAGACUUUAAACACUUUUUACAUAGAAGCGGAGAAGAUUGGGGGCAGCUCAUACUUGGAGGGCUGCUUAGCUUGUGCCACAGCCUAUUUCAUUUUUCUGUGCAUGGAAACGCAUUAUGAAAAGGUGUUAAAGAAGAUUUCAAAAUAUAUUCAGGAGCAGAAUGAGAAGAUAUAUGCUCCCAGAGGCUUAUUAAUUACUGAUCCUGUCGAGCGUGGGAUGCGUGUUAUUGAAAUUUCGAUUUAUGAGGACCGAUGCAGCAGUGGAAGCAGCAGCAGUGGGAGCUCAAGCAGCACCAGCAGUGGAGGUGGCGGAGGUGUGGCUAGUCGUGCCCGAUGACUGGCAGAGAGUCCCUGUGGGGACCUGUACUGCCGAGAUGAUGGCCUCUCUGAAAUACGGAGACUGAGAUAUCAGAGCACAAGGUUUUAACACUAGGCUGUAACUUCAUUUUUCCAGUGGAACCUGGUAGGAUUAUUCAUCUGGUGCAAAAUUAAUAACUAAACUGAGCCAUCUGCCAAAUCUAGUCAACAAGAAAACAAAA